UGUAAGUUAACAAUGCAUAUUAAUAAUGCUUAUCAACCCUCGGUGUAUAUUAACAAAUGGAAAAACAAAUUGAGUGUAGUCUCAUUUUGUUGAGAUUCAUUUGACUGAAGAUUGUUUUGUUCUCAGAGCCACAAAAAUGGCAUUUCUUGUGAUGAUGAUUCUCAUUGGCUGCUUUAUGCAGGGAAGUCAAGGGCUUAAAAUUGCAGCAUUUAACAUCCAGAGAUUUGAUCAGUCAAAAGUCAGUGAUCACAGGACUCUGAACAUUCUCAUCCUGAUUUUACAAAGGUAUGAUCUUAUCACCAUUGAAGAAGUUAUGGACGCUGACAAUUCAGCAAUAACACAACUAGUGAUGGAACUGAAUCAAUCAACCAAACUGCAAUAUAAUUACAUCAUCUCUGAUCAUCUUGGUCGCAGUUCAUACAGAGAAAAAUAUGCAUUUGUGUACAACGAGAAUAUUCUCAAGCCUAUGGAGUGGUACCACUUUGAUGAUGGCUGUGAACAGUGUGGGACCGACACUUUCAUCCGUGAACCUUUUAUAGUGCACUUCCAUUCCCUCACUACAACUGUCAAGGAUUUUGUACUCGCAGCCAUCCACACUAGUCCAAGUUAUGCAGUCAGAGAGGUUGAUGGAUUGUAUGAUGUUUGGGCUGAUGCAAGAAAUCACUUCAAUACUGAGGACAUCUUGAUACUUGGAGAUUACAAUGCAGCUUGUAGAUAUGUCACAGACAGUGACUGGCCUCAAAUACGACUGCGUCAACACAAAAAUUUUCAUUGGCUGAUUGGUGAUGAGAUAGAUACAACUGUCAGUAAAUACACACAUUGUGCAUAUGACAGGUUUGUUGUGACCACAAAAGGAUUGCUUAAGACCAUAGUUCCGGGCUCAGUCAAGGCCUUCAAUUUCCAAAAAGCUUUUGAUCUCCCAUAUUAUACAGUGAAAGAAGUCUCAGAUCAUUACCCUAUUGAACUUGAACUGGAAGACGAUCCUAACACUGCUGAUGCUAAAUAUAAGACUGGGACAAGUAUUGGCAUCAGUGGUGGAAUCAGUGGUGGUCCAUGUAGCUGCGAAGGUGUAGAUAUAACAUCCUGCGCUGGACGAUGUGGUGCAUAUUCACCUAAUUUUCCAUGCAGUUGUACUGCAAGCUGUUCUAAACACCAAGAUUGCUGUGCUGACUAUGGAGACUAUUGUUAAGGUCACAUGUAUUGAUAGUGGGAAAGUUACCGGAAGUCUUGAAAGCUUAAUUAAAAAGCCACCAAAUGAACUCCAGAAGCAGUGAAUAAAAUUGAUAAUUGCAAUUUA